AUGGCGCCAACGGAGAUGUCGUGGGUUCAGGAUAUUGCCGUGGUAGGCCUGUCCUGUCGGUUUCCCGACGAGGCCGACUCCGUCCAGCACUUUUGGGACUUCAUCUGUAAAGGGCGGUCCGCAUACUCCGAGAACCCAGAGCGUUGGAAUCCCGAUGCCUUCAGCUUCUCCGGCAAGAAGGCGAACACUAGCCUGCCCCGGGGUGGGCAUUUCUUGAAGCAGGACAUUGGUGCUUUCGACGCCAACUUCUUCAAUAUCUCCAAGGUCGAGGCCGAAUCCAUUGAUCCGCAGCAGCGGAUGGUGAUGGAGACUACCUACGAGGCCAUAGAGAACGCUGGACUGCCCGUCUCCCAGCUGGUCGGUACGCAGACAGGCGUCUGGAUGGGCAACUUCACCAGUGACUAUCGUGAGCAGGUCUUCCGCGACCCUGAGUCGGCUCCGAUGUAUACCGCCACUGGCACCAGCAGUACCUCCGUCUCCAACCGUGUGUCGUGGUUCUUUGACUUCAAGGGCCCCAGCUUUACGCUAGACACCGCCUGUUCCUCGACCAUGGUCGCCUUGCAUCUGGCUGUUCAGAGUCUCUCCAUCGGCGAAUCCAGCGCCGCCGUCGUCGGGGGUACCAAUCUGCUACUUAACCCAGAUAUGUUCAUGUACCUCUCGAACCAACACUUCCUUGCCAAGGAUGGUAAGAGCAAGGCCUUUGAUAAGAGUGGUGACGGAUAUGGACGUGGAGAGGGAGCCGCCAUAGUCGUCCUCAAGCGCGUAGCAGAUGCUCUGGUAAACGGCGAUCCGAUCCGUGCGGUCAUCCGCAGCACCGCCAUCAACCAGGACGGUCACACUAAGGGGCUGACCUUGCCCAGCCCCGACGCCCAGGCGUCGCUGAUCAACAAGGUGUACCGCAAGGCCGGCCUGUCCAUGGAGGAGACGCGCUACAUCGAAACACACGGCACGGGCACUCAAGCUGGAGACAAAUGUGAAACUGAAGCGCUCUCUAGGACCAUCAGCAAACACCGUACACCGUCAGAGCCCCUGCUCAUCGGCUCUGUCAAGGCCAACAUUGGCCACCUGGAGGCUUGUGCUGGAAUGGCCGCGCUCAUCAAAUGCAUCGGCAUACUGGAGACCGGCAUGAUCCCUCCCACCCCGAGCUGCAACACGGCCAAUCCGGAAGUGAAAUGGAACGAAUGGAAGCUGAAGGUCCCGACCACGCUCAUGCGGUGGCCUACUCAGGGUCUCCGCAGAGUGAGCACCCAGGGUUUCGGGUACGGUGGAACCAACGCCCAUAUCGUGAUGGACGACGCCUACCACUAUCUAGAGGCACGGAGCUUGAAGGGGGUCCACAACACAAAGCUCCUCGGGCCACCGCGGUCCACGAUCACGAACAGUGCCCAUGACAAGACCAGCAGCCAUAACACUCCCGAGGGCCAAAAUUUGAUCUUUUGCCUCAGCGCACAGGACAAGGAGGGGUUGAAGCGAUUACGCACAGUGUUGGCUGAUCAUCUUGCCGCCAAGAUUGACGAAAUCCAGUGCGUCCAAGAGAACGCGGACAAGUAUCUUCGGGAUCUGGCGUACACGCUGAGCAAGAGACGCUCACGUCUGCAGUGGCAGACGUUUGCCAUCGCUUCCUCCAUCGACGGACUGUGUCAGUUGCUACUAGAGAAGCCAUGGUCCUUGCCGGAGGUGCGCAGUGCCACGCAAACCCCGCGGCUCGGUUUCAUCUUCACCGGCCAAGGGGCACAGUGGGCGCGCAUGGGAGUGGAACUCAUGGAGUACGCGGCCUUCCGUCAGAGCGUGGAGGAAUCGGAUGGGUAUCUGCGCCAGGAACUGGGCUGCGCCUGGUCCGCCGUCGAGGAGCUGGCCAGGACGGAUGACUCAUCCAACAUAGGCCAGGCCGCCUACAGCCAAGCUCUCUGUUCUGUCCUACAGAUUGGCCUAGUCGACCUCUUGGCUACCUGGAAUGUUGCUCCAUCCGCUGUAGCGGGCCACUCAAGUGGGGAGAUCGCCGCCGCCUACUGUCUUGGCGCUUUGUCUCGCCAGGAUGCACUGAAGGCAGCCUAUUUCCGGGGCGUUUUGUCUGCGGAGAUGAAAGAAAUCGAUCCGUCACUGCGCGGUGCCAUGAUGGCCGUCGGUGUUACGCCCAUUGAGGCUGAGAAGUGGUUGGCGAAUUUGACCAAGGGCACUGUGGUGGUCGCCUGUGUGAACUCUCCGACCACGAUCACAGUGUCGGGAGAUGCAGCUGGUGUUGACGAACUCGAGGUCCAGCUGAAGGAAGCCGGCAUCUUCGCCCGGAAGUUGAAAGUCGACACUGCUUAUCAUUCUCCGCACAUGCAGACGAUUGCGGCGCAGUAUUUCGAGGCCAUUGCCGACAUAUCCACCAUGUCGGACAGGGACGGCUGUCGCAUGUCGUCAAGUGUUCACGGUUGCGCCAUCAGCUCUGAUGAGCUUGGUCCCGUAAACUGGGUACAAAACCUUACCUCAACAGUACAAUUCGCCGAUGCAGUACACGAUAUGAUCCGGCCUUUGAUCAACGGCAAGCGGGCGAGGGAAAAUGCAGUUGAUAUCCUGGUUGAAGUUGGCCCACAUUCAGCUCUGCAGGGUCCCGUCAGCCAAACGAUGAAGAUAUACAGCAUCUCGGGUGUGCAAUACUACAGCGUCCUGGCGCGCGGUAAGCAUGGGGUGGCCACUGCUCUGACCUGUGCCGGUAAUCUCUUCGUACAAGGCGUCCCUGUGGACGUCAGCAACGUCAACCAAGAUUGCGGCCUAAUAAGAAAGCCUCUGGUUGAUCUGCCUGCAUACCCCUGGAACCACUCCAUCAAGUACUGGGCUGAGUCCCGCGUAAGCCGGGAAUACCGCCUGCGCAAGCACCCCCGCCUGCCGCUGCUGGGGGCACCGUGCCCGACCAUGGGCGUGCGCGAGAGACUCUGGAGAGGCUAUGUCCGCGUGGCUGAGGAGCCGUGGGUACGCGAUCACGUCAUCCAAGGAUCCAUUAUCUAUCCUGCGGCUGGGUUUCUGGCCAUGGCGAUCGAAGGCUCCCGACAGGAAGCGGAUGCGGACCGGAACAUCAGCGGGUUCCGCCUGCGAGAUAUCAAGAUUGACGCCGCACUGGUCAUUGAAGAGGAUUCGGAGCCAGAGGUGAUCCUGGCUAUCCGACCACACUUGACGAGCACGCUGGACUCGGGUUCGUCCUGGAUGGAGUUCACUGUCUCGUCUUGCAUUGACAGCAAGGACCUGCGACAGAACUGCUCCGGGCUUCUGAUGGUGGAGUAUGAAGCCACCCCAGGCUCAGCCAUGUCCCUAGAAAGAGACCAAGAGGUCACAGCCAUCCAAGAUGAUUUCUUCGCCUUGAAAAAGCAGUGCAGCAAUUUUCUCAAUGUUGGCCAGUUCUACGCCCAUCUCACGGCCCUGGGUCUGCAAUAUGGGCCCACGUUCGCCAAUCUGACUGAGAUUCACACGGCCACGAAUGAAACAAAGUGUGUCAGCACUCUGACCAUCCCCAAGAUCGAAUCCAAGGUCCCACCUACUCAUCAGGAUCGCCCACACAUCAUCCACCCGAGCACGCUGGACGCCAUAUUCCACUUGUCCUUCGCUGCUAUCUGCAAGGAGACCGACACUUUCAAGGGUGCCAUGGUCCCCACGCAGAUCGAUGAGAUCUUGGUCUCGGCUGAUAUUGCGCAUACUGCGGGGGCGGUACUGCAAGGCUUCGCUCAUUCCGUCCGGCACGGAUUCCGUGACAUGUUGACCGAUAUCGAGAUACUCGACGGGGGCGCCACUAAGGCAGUGGUCCAUGUAAAAGGAUUCCAGUGCUCGGAUAUCUCCGGAGCCAGCACCCAACCUGACGAUGGCGGUACUGCUGUUGUCAAGCCCAUCGCCUGUCAAGUGGUAUGGAAACCCGCCAUUGAGCUCCUGAGCUUAGAAGAGCUUCAGACUGUGGUGGUCGGACAACCGGAAGAUAUUGCUGCGAAGACGCUAUCUUUGGAGCAGUCAGUGCUCACGUUCGUAAAGGAAGCGCUGGCCAAUGUGCCCCGAGGGCAGGUAAGCACGCCGUUUCAAAGCUAUUACGACUGGAUGCAGAACCACGCCUCGUCGAGCAUUCUACAAUCUGAAUCCACGAAGAGCAGCGACAGCGUGUUUCGUCUGAUCGGAGAGAAGCUUGCGGCCAUCUUGCAAGGCCAAGUCAUUGCAUCUGAGAUGCUUUGGAACGAUAGUACACUUUUUGGCCGUCUCCUGUCGGAGGUCGUUGGCUUUGAAGAAAUCCUACGCACAUUGAACAAGUACCUCGACCUGGUUCACCAUUCCAAUCCCGGCCUGUCGAUCCUUGAAAUCGGACUCGGCGGCGACAAAUUUCCCCCCGUAUCGCUGGUGUCCAAACUUAAGGACGCAGCAAAGCUUCUGGAAACCGCACAGUACACCUUUUCAGUUGGACACGAGAGCUUCUUACAGGCAGCUGCCCGCCAGUUUGGCUCCUUGAGAAAUCCGGUCUCUGUCGACGUGCGGGACAUUGAAAAGCAUGAGAUAACGGCCGAGCAAGAGAAAUUCGAUCUCGUCGUGCUGUUUAAUACCAGACUAGCUAUUUCUAACCCAGAGUUUAUCAUCAACAACGCCGUGAAACUGUUGAAGGAGACGGGUCGCAUUUGCAUUGUCGACAUAGACCAGCCACAGUUGCAACUGGGGACUAUUCUAGGCAGUAUUCAGGGGGCCAGAUGGCUGGAUCAGGCAUGCCAGCCCUGGUUGGAGCGAGCUGGCCUCACGAACCAUCUUGCCCUUGAAGAUAGUCAGAAGCAGUUCCGCUUGACAGUCGCGGCGACUCAAGCACCAGGCCCAGCCUGCGGUAAGCUCUCGAAAGAGAUUGUCAUCGUGGAGGCAUGCGAGCCGUCACCCGCUGCCCAGGAGGUGGCAUCUCAGAUCUCCCAAGAGCUUGAGAAGCUCUCUAUCAGCACUAGCCGAUUCCGAUGGAGUUCGGAUGUAUCUCAGUUGAACUCUAAAUCGUGUAUCAUUCUCACAGAUCUCGAAAAGGCCCUCCUCCUCCAGGCCUCUAGCGCCGACUUCUGCGCCGUGCAGCAGAUGGUCCUCCAAGCUGAAAGUCUGAUUUGGGUCAGCGGUUCCCUGGGCCCUGACUCACACUUGGUGAGUGGUCUGGCGCGUAGCGUCCGCAAUGAGGUCGCCGGUAUCAAGCUCCGCACGCUUCAGGUCCAUGGCACGCCGCUCGAAUUCGCCCAUGAAUUCGCAAGCAUAGUCCUCCGAGUCCUCCAGUCGUCUGUCGCGGACGACGAAUUCAUCGCCGACGGGGGCAUCAUCACAGUCAGUCGCUUCCUAGAGGACCGACGCCGCAAUGAGAUCCUGGCGACAAUGCUCGGUAAGCGAGAGAGCAAAGCAGAGUUGAUGCCACUCGACGCUGCCCCUGGCCCGGUAAAGCUGAGCAUCAGAAAUCCCGGUAUGCUGGAUUCGCUCUGUUUUGAGCCGGACACCACGAUAGAGAAAUGGCUUGCGCCUGGCGAGGUUGAAGUCCAGGUGAAAGCAUCAGGAGUCAACUUCCGUGAUGUGAUGGUGGCAAUGGGCCAAAUACCCGAUAAACUGCUCGGGUUCGAGGCCGCGGGAUUCGUCUGUCGGGUCGGUGAGAAUGUCACAAAUGUAAAGAUUGGGGACCGAGUCGCCUUCCUCGCUCACGGAGCCCAUCGCACGAUCCAUCGGGUGCGAGCACAGUAUACGAUGCCCAUCCCCGAGACCAUGUCCUUUGAAGAAGCAGCUGGGGUGCUGCUGGUCCAUGGCACUGCGUGGUACGCCCUUAUGGAGAUAGCCAGGGUCCAGAAAGGCCAGUCGGUCCUCAUCCACGCGGCAGCGGGUGGUGUUGGCCAAGCAGCGAUCAUGCUCUCCCAGCAUGUGGGCCUGGAGGUAUUCGCGACGGUGGGCUCCGAUGACAAAAAGAAGCUAAUACAAGAUCAUUAUGGCAUCCCGAAUGACCACAUCUUCAACUCCCGGGACUUGAGUUUCGUUAAGGGGGUGAAGCGCAUGACUAGCGGAUGCGGUGUCGACGUUGUACUAAACUCACUGUCCGGAGAGGCCCUCCGCCAGAGCUGGUACUGCGUUGCCCCCUUCGGCACCUUUGUGGAGAUUGGCAUGAAAGACAUCCUGGGCAAUAUGCGCCUGGACAUGCGACCCUUCCUCCAAGACGCUAAGUUUGCCUUUUUCAACCUCAAUCGCGUCAUGAAAGAGCGCCCCGAGCUGAUGAAUGAGGCUCUGAGCGGGGCGAUGGAUCUGCUCAGCUCCGGGGCCACACGUCCUGUCCAGCCGCUGACCGUCUACCCGGUCUCCCAGACCGAAGAAGCUUUCCGGCUCAUGCAGGCCGGCAAGCAUCGUGGAAAGCUGGUGUUAACCUACUCCGCCUCCGAUGUCGUGCCUGUCAGCUCCGCCGCUCGCCCCGUCCAGCUGGAUGGGCAUGGCUCCUAUAUCCUCGUGGGUGGAUUUGGCGGCCUCGGUCGCAGCUUGUGCCAGCACUUUGUGCGGAUGGGAGCGAGAAAGCUCUGCAUCCUCUCUCGCUCAGGCGCUGGCAGCAUGUAUGCGCAGAAGGUGGUUGAAAAUGUCCAGCGGGAAGGAGCCCGGGUUCUGGUUAUUCGAUGUGACGUGGCAGACCCCAAGUCUACAGCCGAAGCCAUCAAAAAGUGUUCGACGCAACUCGGCCCUGUUCGCGGGGUAGUGCAAGGCGCCAUGGUGCUUCGCGACGCGCUCUUCGAGAAAAUGAGCUAUGGCGAAUGGACAGAGUCGACCCGUCCCAAGGUUCAGGGCUCGUGGAACCUGCAUACCAACCUUCCCGACGUCGAUUUCUUCCUCACCCUCAGCUCGUUUGCGGGGGUCUUUGGCAACCGCGGCCAGAGCAACUAUGCGGCGGCGGGAGCAUACGAAGAUGCACUCGCGCAAUAUCGGCGCUCUCACGGUCUCAAGGCCGUCACCGUAGAUCUCGGCAUCAUGCUCGACGUCGGGGUUCUCGCUGAGGUCGGGCUUACCGACAGUCUGCGCGAAUGGGCGGAGCCCUGUGGUAUCCGGGAAGCUGAAUUUCACGCACUGAUCGAGAACAUACUAGCCGGGGAGCUGGACAACCAUGGCCGAACACCUGUCCAGAUCCCGACUGGCUUCGCCACCGGGCGAACGGUCCAAGAUACCGGAAUCAACCGGCCCUGGUACUUCGACGACUCACGAUUCUCAAUACUGUCUCACACCGGCGUCGCCCGGGGCGAGGGGGCGAACGCCUCGGAAAAGAAGACUGUGUCUGUCCAGAACCAAGUCGCCCGGGCUGCCUCCAUCGCCGAGGCAACAGCGGCCGUGAUGGACGCUCUUGUCGCGCGGGUGGCCAAAUCUCUGCAGAGCGCCGUAUCGGACAUUGACACUUCACGACCGCUGCAUGCGUUUGGCGUGGACUCACUGGUUGCGGUCGAGGUGGCCAACUGGGUGUUUCGAGAAAUCAAGACCAGGGUGACCGUGUUCGAAAUCCUCUCGAGCAUUCCUAUCACGGCGCUGGCGGAGAAGAUCGCGUUGAAGUCAAGUCUGCUGCCCCAGAUGGCUCCAAGUUGA